CGGGGCCGCGCCUGCGCCGCGGCGGCGGGCGCCGAGGGGAGCUCAAGGAGAGCGGCGCUGCCGCCAUGCCCGGCAGCCUGCAGGUGCCCUCCCUGGAGGAGCUCGACGUGCAGGAGGUGAAAGUCAGCUCGUCCGUGCUGAAGGCCGCGGCCCACCACUAUGGCUCGCAGUGCGACCGGCCCAACAAGGAGUUCAUGCUGUGCCGGUGGGAGGAGAAGGAUCCGCGGAGGUGCCUGCAGGAGGGCCGGCAGGUCAACCAGUGCGCCCUCGAGUUCUUCAGGAAGAUUAAGACACACUGUGCAGAGCCAUUCACUGAGUACUGGACCUGCAUUGACUACACCAACUUGCAGGAAUUUCGUCGCUGCCGAAAGCAGCAGGCAGCAUUUGAUAACUGUGUGCUGGAGAAGCUGGGCUGGGUGAGACCUGAUCUGGGAGAGCUCUCCAAGGUAACAAAAGUGAAGACAGACCGUCCUUUCCCUGAGAACGCCUAUCACUCUAGACCUAGGCCAGAGCCAAAUCCACCUAUUGAGGGAGAGCUGAAGCCUUCUCCAUUUGGCAGUAGGCUCUUUUUCUGGACCUGGUGAAGCUGUAACUGUACUGCAAAGAUGAAGUGCUCACAAAUGUAAAUUGUCCUGUGUGCUUGGGGUGUAACUUGAAUGAUUAAAGAACCCCAAACCAUUA